AUGCCCAGCGCCGACCUAGCCGCCAGGACACAGCAGGAGAAUGCCGCAGCGGGUCCGUCUCGACCCGCUAGCCGAAGCUCGCUCAAGUCCAAUCUGUCAGCACAGCUCUCCGGUCUCUUCUCGCGCAAUUCGAUGGACACGACGAAUGAGCGGUCAGCUCUCUUGCCUCCUUCGAGAGCUUCGGGGAGUGCAGGACAUUCCAGAGAAAGUACCGAUCCGGGUGCAGGUAGCUCGGUUGGGGGAGGAGGGAUAAGGCGGAAUUACACGCAAGAGAUGGAUGGGAAUGAGGAGGAAGAGGAUGGGAAGAUACCUGCUGCGGCGAGGACACCACAAAGACCACCCAAGAAGCGGAUGAACACCAAAGAAAUGGCCAAGAAGAUCCGCCAGCGGUCCAAAUACUACAUCCCCAUAACCGAAUGGUUACCGCAAUACUCCCUCCCGGUGUUCUAUGGGGACUUGACGGCGGGCGUUUCGCUGGCGUGCCUGCUAGUGCCUCAGGCCAUGAGUUAUGCCAGUGGGCUAGCGAAACUCACGCCUGUGGCCGGGAUCUGGUCCACUGCGCUCCCAUCCUUGAUUUAUGGGAUAUUUGGGACGUGCCGGCAGCUAUCGGUCGGUCCAGAAGCAGCUCUAUCGCUCUUGAUCGGCCAGAUGAUCCAGGAGGUCGUAAAUGACCCGGAUCACCCCGCUAAGCAUCCGGAGCUGGAAGGUGCUGCGAUAGCUAUUGUGACCACCUUCCAAAUCGGAUUGAUCACCAGCGUUCUAGGUCUCCUGCGUCUAGGCUUCCUUGACGUCGUGCUCUCCCGAGCGCUUCUUAGGGGGUUCAUCACCGCCGUCGGAAUCAUUAUCUUCAUCGAGCAGUCCAUCCCCAUGCUAGGCCUCUCUGCCCUCCUCGCAUCAAUCGGUAAAUCUCACAACGCCCCCUCACUCCCACUCGACAAGCUCGCAUUCGUCAUUCAGCACAUCCAGCAAACCAAUCGGCCCACCGCUAUCCUCUCAGCGGCGUGUUUGGCCUUCUUGAUCUUGAUGCGGGUGGCCAAAGCGCGGAUCGUGCAGAGGCCAGGAGGGGGCUGGGUUAGGUAUAUCCCCGAGAUCUUCAUCGCUGUUGUUGGUUUGACGUUCCUGGCUGGACAGCUGAGGUGGGACAGACACGGUAUAGAUAUCCUCGGGGAAGUCUCAGGCGGGACAACUAUCCCUAUUGGCUGGCCGCUGGACAAGCGGAGGAUGAAGUACUUUAGCUAUACCUUCCCUACAGCCUUCGUCUGUGCGGUGGUAGGCAUGGUGGACUCUAUCGUUGCUGCCAGGGAGAAUGGGAGCAAGUAUGGAUAUGCAGUCGGGCCAAAUCGCGAACUGGUAGCGCUGGGCGCGGCCAAUCUCGUCUCUUCAUGCAUGGUCGCGACGGGCUCCAUACCCAUCUUCGGGUCAAUCACUCGGUCCCGGCUGAAUGGGGCUACUGGCGCUCGGACCCAGAUAGCCAGCGCUAUCACUGCUGUGAUCAUGAUUGGUUCCAUCUUCCUACUUCCUUGGUUGUAUUUCUUGCCAAAGGCUGUUCUAGCUUGUAUCGUUGUGCUGGUUGUUUACUCGAUCCUCGCUGAGGCGCCGCACGAAAUCAUCUUCCUCUGGCGUAUGCGAGCAUGGACCGAUUUCCUUCAAAUGACUGGAACGUUCUUCCUCACCCUCCUAUUCUCUAUCGAGACUGGUCUCGUAGCUUCCGUAGUCUUCUCACUCAUCCUCGUCAUUCAGAAAUCCACCCAAACUCGCAUCAAGAUUAUUGGUCGAUUACCGAAUACGGAUGAGUGGGUUCCGAUCGAUGAGGACGAGGCCGCGCAAGAGGAGAUACCGGGUGUGCUCGUUGUGCGGAUCAGAGAAAACCUGAGCUUUGCAAAUACCGGUCAACUGAAGGAACGGCUACGGCGACUGGAAUUGUACGGGAUGCAGAAGAGCCAUCCCUCCGACGCUCCUCGACGAGAAUCCGCCAAGGCCGUUAUUCUGCACAUGGGGGAUGUGGAGACUAUGGACGCCUCAGCGUUACAGAUUUUGUACGAAUUGACCAAAUCCUAUUCCGAACGCGGGGUCGGGUUGCACUUUGUCCAUCUCCAUCCUGCCCAUCUGACCAUGUUUCAAUUCGUGGGCAUCACUGAUAUCUAUGGACCGCAUCAUUUCCAUCGGGAUCUGAGGGAGGCGAUGAAGGAGAUUGAGAAUCUGGGGUACGGGAACAGUGUCGUUUCUCGUUUCUAG